UUGGCUAAUACGGUAACCUUUGAACUGAGUUGACCAAUGAAAUUAAAGGUUCCACAGACAACAAAGCAUCAAGCACCUGCAGAUUUAUAACAGAUUUAUUUGCCGAGAAAGGAUGGAACAAAAUUAUUUUCCUAUGGGGCCCAUGAGUCAUGCAGGGCUACAGCACCCUGCUAUGGGACUAGCCAACAAUUUCAACAUCAAGACAGAACCUCAGUUAGAUAUUAAGCCUGAGCCACAGGAUAUGUUUCAAAGUGUUACCAGCAGUACAGGGAAGGGUAAACCUAAGGCCAAGAAAAGAAAAACUGAGAAAGUGAAACAGGAGAAGAUAACUGAUCACAUGCCCGUGAAAAAGAAGAAACAUGACCGCUUCAAGGGUAUGCCUGAAGAGGAGGUGAUGAAGCGCCUACUGCCAGAUCAUCUGGCUCAGGAUCUGGACAUUGUAAUCGUUGGCAUCAAUCCAGGAUUGAUGGCAGCUUAUAUUGGACAUCACUAUGCAGGACCAGGAAAUCAUUUCUGGAAGUGUAUGUAUCUGUCGGGCCUCAUUCCAGAGCCAUUGACUGCUUAUGAUGACACCAAACUCCUCAACUAUGGAAUAGGAUUUACUAAUAUAGUCGCACGGACAACCAGAGGAAGUGCAGAUCUGACAAGAAAGGAAAUCAAAGAAGGUGCCAAAUUUCUGUCAGAGAAACUGAAUAAAUACAAACCAAAAAUAGCUGUUUUCAAUGGAAAGGGUAUUUAUGAAGUAUUUGUGGGACACAAGAAUUUUGCUAUAGGGAAACAACCAGAACCACUGGAAGGCACAGAGACGAUUGUGUAUGUGAUGCCCUCUUCUAGUGCACGCUGUUCACAGCUGCCUAGAGCAGUAGAUAAAGUCCCAUUUUAUGCAGCCCUGAAAAAACUGAGGGACCAUUGUCGAGGGGACCUAAAAGAACUGGAUGAUUCAGAGGUGUGUUUCCCUGACCUUGAGCUCAAAGUCAUAAAAAAGGAAGAUCGACUGAAGGCAGAGGGCUACCCUGAUGAGGACAACAAGGCCCAAAUCAACCUUGGUAACGGGAAUGUUCCUGCUCCCUUCACAAAUAGCCAACCAAUGAAUGGGGCUGUAGGUCCUCCUGGUAUGAAUCAUCCCGGGAACUUUAUGUCCAUCAAGCAGGAAACUCCCUAUAACUCGCAGGAUUAUGGAGGCAGUGCCAACAUGUUCCACCAACAGAUGCCUGCGAUCAGCUUUCCCUGUCCCUCUUAUCCAAUCUCAACUAUGGCAUUUUCAGGAGGAGGUAACUCCCAUCCCCAUGGAACACAAGGAAUGAUGCCUUUACCAGCAACAACAUAUCCUUCCUCCCAGGUGGGUGGACCAUCAAUGUUUCGGGGACAGGGGUCUCAGGGACCUCAUCCGUCACAAUUUCCUACUAGUCAGGGUUCUUACAUUCCGCAGAUAAACUGUCAUGGUAACUCCCCUCAAAGUCAGGGCCAGUUUUUACCACCAAGUCAAGGUCAAAGUCAAACAAGCAUGUUCUCAUCCCAGGGUCCAUCUCAAAGUCUACCUCAACACGUGGACCUGACUGUCCCGGGAUCCUACCAGUCUGUGGGAGUCAACAUGUCUAAUGCCAUGCACAGCUGGCCUGGUAUGCAAGGUCAAGGACAAUCACCUCAAGCACAGCAGGGAUUUGAUCAUAUGCAAAAUCCUGUGUUCAUCAAGCCAGAACCACAAGACUUUGGAUCAUCAUCAGCAUCAUCAACCUGUCCUUUUCAAAACGUAGGAUAAGUAACAUAUUAUAAUUGUAGUCCUGUAUCUGAUAUAUGUGUUCAUAUAGUGACAACUUUUAGUUCUUCAUUUUCUGUAUUCAUGUCUUAUAUCUGCAUUAAUUUCCAUUAUUUAUGUGAAUUAUAUAUAUCAAACAUGUAUAUUCUGCAAACUAUCAUUGUCUCAAAUUUUGAAAAAGCAAGUAUAUUGAAGUUUGUUUUCUUGAGGUAAAUGUUGCUUAAGUUAAUUGUCAAUUAGCAGGGUUGUUUCUAACGUGUCUGAUGAAAUCUGAGACAAUUAUCAUGUUUAUGUAAAUCAAAUAGAAUUUAAUACACAAUUUAUGACAAAAAUGGAUGAUGAAAUAAUUUUAAACAAACUGGAUUGGUUUUUUAGAAUAAGAAAAGUACCAUAUUUUCAUCAGUAAAUGACCAGUCUAUAGAAUGUACAGUAGUAUGGUAAUGUACAGAAGUAUAUAUAGUUCAAUAGAUCCCACAUUUUCGAAUGACAACUUCAUGAUCAAGGGUUUUCAUUACUCCAACAAUGUUAGAGGUUUUACACGGCGAGAUACUUUUGACAGGCGCCGUGUAACCUCGCAGUCGGCAAAAUAAUAACCGAUAGAAAAAGAGCCGACCAGCGGCCUCUUAUGUUAUAGGAGUCGGGUUUUCAUCAGAUGUAAAAUAAUCUACUGUAUAUUAUAUUUAAUAGUCAAAAAGAUUUGAUUGAUAUUUUCAAAUACUGUUGUUCCACACUUAUUAAGAUGCUUCCAAACUAUUGCAUUUAUGUGACAUAUAUUUAUUGUUGUAAUUAUGUAUCAUGUACAUAUUGGCUGAAGCAAUACACAAGUAUUUAAUUAUACAUAAUGUAAAAUGUUUUGUGUUAAGUAUAAUUUAUAUUUGAUAUUGAAAUAUAUUACUGCCAUUCUGUGUGUUUGAAGAUUGAUAACUAUAUAAUUUUAUGUGACUUUUUCAUUAUAUGAGUACAUUCAUAUUUGAUAUGUCUUUUAUUAUAAUUGUUUCUAAUGAUAAAUUAUUAUUGCUGUAAAUUACCAGUAUUCAAAUGUGAAAUUGACUUAUUUUGCGCUUCUAUUUUAAUUUGAAAGCCAGUGUUCUAAAUGGAUGUUAGUGCACUACGAUAGGACAUAGAACAUUUUUAGUUCUGAGAAGAAUAUAUAGCUGGACUGGGCUUAGUGCUGGUGGACAGUUUCUCUCAAAUGGUUAGAGCAUCUGUCUAGAGUUUAGAGGUCCUGGUCUGGCCGUUCAUUUUCCUUCUCCUGUUACAUUAGUCCUAUAAACAAAUGAAAAAGAUGAUAAAAAAAGAUUGAAUUUGGUUGUCUUGGUGACAACAAUAGUUUAAUUAAUAAAAAAAUUGUUAUUUACCAAAAAAAUGUGUAGAAUUAUAGAAUGAUACCUAAAUUUAAAGACUCCACAAGAAAAAACCUAGUACACUUCAGUUGUUAGGAGUUCAAUAACGGAUGCUGUGAAUAAAACAGUAUCAGAGUUAUCUCCCCUAUAACAAUACAUAUCAUAACUUUUUGUCAAAGGUUUUUUGGGGGGAUCUGUUGUGGGCUGUGUUAAUUCCAUGGUGUGUUUAUGUCAUACUAUUGUCUGAUCCCUCUAUUGUGUAAUAAUCAUAAUUUUAAACACUGAUUUUGUUGUUUAACUUGUGAGUCAAUCAUUAUGAUUGUCAUGUUAUAUAAUUAUCACGCCAAAGAUCUGUAUAACAGUACUCACAUCUCAGGAAGUUACAUUUCAUAUUAUCUAAACUUUGACCUCACUGUCGCUUUACAUACCUAAUUUACAUGUAACUGACUUCCACUAUGUGAUGGUUGUAAUUGUGAAAGGCAGCAGACAUUCUUAUCUUCAAAAAUCUGAAUGUGUUGAGCUUCAAGUGUGUUUCUGAGAACAUCUUUUAAUUUGUCAGUUAGAGGAUAAAUAUUAUAGGAAAGUGAGAAAUGCUAUUUAUACCCAUAUCCAUGAAACCAUUAAAGAUGGUGCUGUUUAAGGCACCUAUUACUGAGAAUUAUCAUGUAAAGUUGAUAAGAUUUGUAAAUUACUAUUUAUAACAACCAAUAUCCAGACUUUGAUGUUACUAACAUUACCCCUAUCAGGGUUAAACCUCCCUCUCCUAUAAACAAGGGCCAGUAUGUUACCAUGGUAACCUCCAUAAGGAGCCAGUUAGUCACAUCUUCAUGAGUUUAUAAAUUAAUCAGUCAUGGAAAGAAGUUUCCUACCUACUAUUGCUUUGAACAGCCAGGCUCUAAUAUGUACUGUUUACAGGAUAUUCUGUACUACAAUACUGGUUACCAAAAUAAUCAGACUGGUGAAACAAAAUCCCUGCUAGCGUCAUGCUGAAGUGUUGGCCAUAUAACUAGUCGGACCUCCUGGUCCUGAUCAAGAACAAUUUUAGAACUAAAUAUUAUUUUGAUAAUGUGUAAUUUUGGAAAGUAUCAAAGACUUGUUGUAUUAUAAUGAAUUUGUUGGAACACUCCAUGUCAAAAUACCUCAGUAUGUUUCUAUGCCGAAUUGAACUUAGCAUUAAAAGCUUGUCCUGAAUAUGUGUUUUGUGCAUGUACUGAAUAUUCUCAAUAUGUUGAUGUACUAUGUGAAUAUGUUCUGUGAGAAUGAAAUGUGAAUGAAGAGAUAAGAUGGUUAUUUUGUUUCUAUUUUGUCACUUAUAGUGCAAUGUUGACAAUUGUUUGAUCUUUUUCUUAUUUUCAUUAUUUUCAGCAAAACUAUACAUUUAUUUAAAUUUGCAAGUGUUAAACAAUGUUUAAUGAAUUGAACAAUGUUACACUGUUUUAUAAUUGUCAUCUUAAUUUAUUUCUAUUUUUAUAAAAACAAAUAUAUAUAUAAUAAGUAUAUGUAUAUGGUUUGAUUUUUAUACCAUUUGAAAUUAAAAUAAGAUUUUUUGACUAGUGCCUAUACACGGAAUCAAUUUCAAGGCAAAUACGUUUGUUUAGUUAAUGAGUUUACAAUACAUUUCUUUAUUCAAUUAAGUGAUUAUUUAAUUUGAUAUUUGUAUACUAUUUUAAUGAUGGAAUGAAUUAAAAUGCGUCUGAAACAUCA